AUGGUUCCAGACAUUGAUGAAUGUAUUCAUGGUACUCAUAACUGUAACACUACGUUUGCUACAUGUGAGAACACAGAUGGUUCAUUUAGAUGUAUUUACAAUGAUGGAUUUACUGAAAAUGGUUACACCUGUCGAGGUAGGUGGAAUAAAUAUAAUUUUAAAAUGCCUGCGAAAGUUAAUAUGCACAAUUAAUGAAUAAUUAGAACAUUUUUCAAACAAAUAGCCUUCUAAUUAUUCAACAUAUAAAUAAUUCAUGAUAGUAACAUCGAAGAUCUUGCCAAUCGUUUUGAAAUUCCAAUGAAUACAAGCACCGACCCUUCCGCAACACUAUAAAUUUUGUCAUCGUAUAACCAGCCCAAUUUUAAUACUCUGACUUCAGCAGUCAGCUUGGCAAAUCUAAUCCUGCUCAAGGUAAUGAAAAUGGUGCUACCAAGAAUUUCUUUGAUAAACGUACACGAAAAUUUCUUUGAUUACUCAGUACUCACAUGCAAUUACCAUGAUAAUAAUAUACAUAAAGAUAUUACUCGACUGUGAUUGGUUGAUUUCAGUGCAGUUUAUCCCAAGCAGCAGUGCAAUUUUCUGUAACCACAGUGCAAUUUUCUGUAAUCACAGUGCAAUUUUUUGUAAUCAUGGUGCAAUUAUCUGUAAUCACAGUGCAAAAAUCUGUAACAAACUGAUCUGCAUGAUUGGUGGAAAAACAUUGUGAUGAUUAAAUCAACCAAUCAGUUUAAAGCAAUUUAGUUUAAAGAAGUAACGGUCACAGAUUGCUUCAAAACAAAAACAAACAUGGCGACGCGCUACACAAAGUAAAAGUUGCAUUCGCGUGGAAAAUAUGGCUUUUAUCUUUAUUUUUAUAUGGAAAAGCAUUUACCUUAAAUAAGACUAACAACAAUUACAUAGUUUAGUGGAAUUUUCAAGCUGUUAGCGUUGUAUAAUGUGAUAAACAAAGCCAGGAAAACUUUGCCAGUGGAAUGUUCGCUAUAAACGCAUAAGUUAAAACUACAAUUGUCUCGAACAUUUUUAUGUUGUAAUAGCAUGGUUUCUCGUGAAAUUUGGAUAAAUAUGCACUCGUGAGUUGUUCAAAGACUUCAAAUAGCACUCGUCCUUCGGACUCGUGCUAUUUUGAGAUAAAGUAAAAUAUCUACAACGAAUGUUUGACUGGUGUCCUUUACCUUGUCUACCCUUGUCACAAGUUGGGAGGACUUAUCGUGCAAAAUAUCGUUAUGCCUCGUUUCUAUAUGGUCGUAACUGUCGCAAACGUGUUGUAACAGUUGCCAGAGUAAUGUUUGCAACCAAAUGGAAACAUGAAGAAAUGUCUUGUUGCAACAUGUUAACGCCAGCUCAUGAUCAGUUACAACGGCGGCGUCAAGAUAGACUCGAGUUCUAUCUCGACGACAGUUGCGACAGGCUAAACACCUGUCGUUUCGGUUAUUUUUAAAUGGAAACAGAAAAACGACAGCGUGGCAACAGUUUUGCAACGAUCAGGGGGGACAUAGUUCCUCGUUUUAAACUGUCGCCAGCUGCUUGUACGAUCCCGGGAUAAAAAAUUAUCUUGCGACAAUCCACGACAGUGUAGCGACAGUUGCACCAUAUGGAAACAAGCAUAAAAAUAGUUCACGACAAAGACUUCACGACACAUUCACGACUCGCGUCAUUGCAACCAUAAUGGAAACCAGGCUUUACCUAACGAUUUUUUCUAGGAACAAUAUAAUCGUGAUGGACAAAAUAUUAUAUGGACCAGUUAGGCUGAGACAGUAUACACUUUCUCCACAGCUGUGAGGCUAAAAUUUACACACUUUACAUUUUAUCUAAAGUAGUUUUGUGUUCAAUUUCGUUGUAACUGGCUUUCAAGUACUUUAGAAAGAUGAAUAUUUUAUUAUAUUUCUUUUCACUACAAUACAAAUUAUACUUUACUAGACUUUUUUUGAAAAUUAAUUUUAUUAUUACUGAAGUUUACAAUUUAGUAAAAAAAAACCGUUUCAGAUAUUGAUGAAUGUGCACGUUGCCAUGCCAACUCCAUAUGUGCCAAUACUGAAGGUUCAUUCAAUUGUGCUUGUAAAUCUGGCUACACUGGAAACGGCACUCAUUGUCAAGGUCAGUUUAUACAGAAACCUGCAUAUAUCUCAUCAUGAUCAGCGCGGAAUUGGAAAUAUGAUAAAUGAUUGCAAUAACGCACAAUUUCAUAUAUUUGAUUGUGAAUGAGUGGUUUGAUAGAUAAUCCGUCUGGGUUUUUCACCAUAUCUGGACGUAUUUUCGGACGUUUCUCGCCAGAAAUGAGUAAACUGCUCCGCAGGAUUAUAUGUUAAACCAUUCAAUGGGAUAUUUAUUAUAAUUAUAGGAAACCUUAAAAAACUAGAUUUCCCUGUCUGUUUUAAAGAAUGUGCAUGCAAUUAGUGCUGUAAACGGCAAAUGAUCAGAUACAACGAAAACAAUUUGGAAUUUGCAUACCAAAUAAGGAACAACUUAAUACUGACAUCAUCAUUCUUCAAUUCGAUUUAAUAAAACAUCAAAAAUGAACGAAACAUGUCAACCAAGUAUCUCAACCAACUAAAUUUUUAUCUGCCUCAAGAAAGAAAGCUGUUUUGAGUGCAUUAUAUGAAAUAUGCCGAUUGAAAUGUGAUAAAAAGAGAAUUAAGUUAAAGAAAGCGUACCUAAAGAACAUAUUUUUCAGCUCUUCGCAUUUUUUGAGCGUUAUUCUAUCACUAUUCAAGUGUUUGUAAGUUUAUGUUCGUGUCAGGAAAAAACAGGGCCUUUUUUAAGGAUUUUCCCGUGGGGGGGGGGGGCAUUUUUUGAAAAGGGACCUUUCUGUGAGGUAAUAUAUUAGAGGGGGAUAGCAAUGGCUGAAGGCCACAUGUGUGGCCAAUAUACCAAGCAUGAAUCGGGGGGGGGGGGUGUACUCCCCCAGACAAUUUCUGAACUUUGAAUCUCGGAAAUGUCAUUUCCUGCAUUCUGAGCAUCCAAAGUUGCUCCAAAAUUAAUGCUAACUAUACUUGUAUUUGAAAGAAAUAAAGGAAAACACACACACAAAAAGUGAAAAUAAUUAACCAUCGUUUAUCAUUACUUAUUAGAGGAGGAUAGCAAUGGUCAUGUGUGUGGGAGUGUACUCCCCAAAAAAAUUUUUGAAAUUUGAAGCACGGAAAUGCCAUUUCCUCCAUUCUGAGCAUCCAAAUUUGCUCUAAAAUUUAUGCUAACUAUACUUGUAUUUGAAAUAAAAGAAGGGAAAAUGCACAAAAAGUAAAAAAGAAUAUUAACCGUAAUUUAUCAUUACUGAUUAGAGGGAUAAUUCCCAGAAAAUUUUUGUAAUUUGAAACCCGGAAAUGCUAUUUCCUGCAUUCUGAGCAUCCAAAAAAUAAAAAAUUAUUAACAAUAAUUUAUCAUUACUUAGUGGUAGAAAAAAGUAACAAUUUAAAUCGAUUUUGUUAAACAAGGACAAAGGAUAAAGCCUAAAACGUGCUUUCCGUUUAUGUAUUUGUUAAUCUUCGCUGGUUUGUUUGUAUAAUUUUAGGGAAAAGGGACUUUUCCUGGGGGGGGGGGCAAAAUGUGAUUUCGUGGGGGGGCACAAGAGGGGACUGGGGGGCAAAUCCCCCCCCCCCCAGCUUGUAUGUUAAAAAGGCCCUGGGAAAAAGUUUGUUUCAUAGUUAUUUCCCUCGGCCUGCCUUACUGAUUUUCCACAUGCAGUGUGUUUUUCAUUCGAAAAUGUUGGACUUUUGUUUUUCCCUAAAACCAGAAGAAGCCGCGGUUUAGACGAACACAUUACGGGUUUUAAGAGUGAAAUCCGCUUACAGAUUUUCGUGUCCGCAUGGCUUUAUUUGGUAAAAUUACGCGCCAUUGUCAAAUAAUAAAGCAAAUUAGUUAAUUAUCGUAAUUCCAUCUAGAAUUGAUGCUAUGAGUCUUUGUACAGAGCUUUCUUUAUAUUCCAAUUCUAAAACUGGUCAUGAUCUAUAAGCGAUAAAACCAAUGAAUUGUCCAAAGAGGAUGCAAUAAGUUAUAUGUUUAUUUGAAAACAUAAUUUGCAAUUUAGUGUAGCUCAUGAUAUCGUUAAACGAUAUUUUCAGAUAUUGAUGAAUGUAAAGAAGGAAUACAAUGUAAUGUGCCCAAUAAUUCUGUAUGUAAAAAUACGGAUGGUUCAUUCCGAUGUAUCUGUCCUCCCGGCCACAAAAUCAACAUGAGUGAAUGUCAAGGUUAG